GUCCCCCCAGGAGUGGUGGGGAUCCGCGCCCGGGCGUUAGGUGGACUCUGCAGCCGACCUGCGGUCCGUCGGAGCACCCCGCACCCGUUUCCCACUGGAAUGCGGCUCGUUUGAGGUCCAGCCCUUUUGGUCCGGACGGGAGGCGGGCCUCACGGAAGCUGCCGCGAGUUGGAUGGGGGUAGGAGGGGACCCGAGCGGGAUUUCCAGUGUGCAGCCCGCCGGGGCGCUAAGCCGGGCCUAAUGGAAUUGCAGAGGACCUCCAGCAUCUCGGGGCCGCUGUCGCCGGCCUACACGGGGCAGGUGCCUUACAACUACAACCAGCUGGAAGGGAGAUUCAAGCAGCUCCAAGAUGAGCGUGAAGCCGUGCAGAAGAAGACCUUCACGAAAUGGGUCAACUCUCACCUUGCCCGAGUGUCCUGUCGGAUCACAGAUCUGUACACUGACCUUCGAGAUGGACGGAUGCUUAUCAAGCUGCUGGAAGUACUCUCCGGAGAGAGGCUGCCUAAACCCACCAAGGGAAGAAUGCGCAUCCACUGUCUGGAGAAUGUGGACAAGGCCCUCCAGUUCCUGAAGGAACAGAGAGUCCAUCUUGAGAACAUGGGUUCCCACGACAUUGUGGAUGGGAACCACCGGCUGACCCUUGGCCUCAUUUGGACCAUCAUCUUACGCUUCCAGAUCCAAGAUAUCAGUGUAGAAACUGAAGAUAAUAAAGAGAAGAAGUCUGCCAAGGAUGCAUUGCUGUUGUGGUGCCAGAUGAAGACAGCUGGAUACCCCAAUGUCAACAUUCACAAUUUUACUACUAGCUGGAGAGAUGGUAUGGCGUUUAAUGCACUAAUACACAAGCACCGGCCUGACCUGAUAGAUUUUGAUAAACUGAAGAAAUCCAAUGCACACUACAAUCUUCAGAAUGCAUUUAACCUGGCAGAGCAGCACCUCGGCCUCACUAAACUGUUGGAUCCUGAAGAUAUCAGUGUGGAUCACCCUGAUGAGAAGUCUAUUAUCACUUACGUGGUGACUUACUACCACUACUUCUCUAAGAUGAAGGCCUUGGCUGUUGAGGGAAAACGAAUUGGAAAGGUGCUUGACAAUGCCAUUGAAACAGAAAAAAUGAUUGAAAAGUAUGAAUCACUUGCCUCUGACCUUUUGGAAUGGAUUGAACAAACCAUCAUUAUUCUGAACAAUCGCAAAUUUGCCAAUUCUCUGGUCGGGGUUCAACAGCAGCUUCAGGCAUUCAACACUUACCGCACUGUGGAGAAACCACCCAAAUUUACUGAAAAGGGAAACUUGGAAGUGCUACUGUUCACUAUUCAGAGCAAGAUGAGGGCCAACAAUCAGAAGGUCUACAUGCCCAGAGAGGGCAAGCUCAUCUCUGAUAUCAACAAGGCCUGGGAAAGACUGGAAAAAGCAGAACAUGAGCGAGAACUGGCCCUGCGUAAUGAGCUCAUAAGACAAGAGAAACUGGAACAGCUCGCCCGCAGAUUCGAUCGCAAGGCAGCUAUGAGGGAGACUUGGCUAAGCGAAAACCAGCGCCUGGUAUCCCAGGACAACUUUGGAUUUGACCUUCCCGCAGUUGAAGCCGCCACAAAAAAGCACGAGGCCAUUGAGACAGACAUUGCCGCAUACGAGGAACGUGUGCAGGCUGUGGUGGCCGUGGCCAGGGAGCUUGAGGCAGAGAACUACCAUGACAUCAAGCGCAUCACCGCGAGGAAGGACAAUGUCAUCCGGCUCUGGGAGUACCUGCUGGAACUGCUCAGAGCUAGGAGACAGCGUCUCGAGAUGAACUUAGGCUUGCAAAAAAUAUUCCAGGAAAUGCUCUACAUUAUGGACUGGAUGGAUGAAAUGAAGGUGCUAUUAUUAUCUCAAGACUAUGGCAAACACUUGCUUGGUGUGGAGGACCUGUUACAGAAGCAUGCUCUCGUUGAAGCGGACAUUGGAAUCCAGGCAGAGCGUGUUAGGGGUGUCAACGCCUCUGCCCAGAAAUUUGCAACAGAUGGGGAAGGCUACAAGCCCUGUGACCCUCAAGUGAUCCGAGACCGGGUGGCUCACAUGGAGUUCUGCUACCAAGAGCUUUGCCAGCUAGCAGCUGAGCGCCGGGCCCGCCUGGAAGAGUCUCGCCGUCUCUGGAAGUUCUUCUGGGAGAUGGCAGAAGAGGAAGGCUGGAUCCGAGAGAAGGAGAAGAUCCUGUCCUCUGAUGAUUAUGGGAAAGACCUGACCAGUGUCAUGCGCCUGCUCAGCAAGCACCGGGCAUUUGAGGACGAGAUGAGCGGCCGCAGCAGCCACUUCGAGCAGGCUAUCAAAGAAGGUGAAGAUAUGAUUGCGGAGGAGCACUUUGGAUCAGAAAAGAUCCGUGAGAGGAUCAUUUACAUCCGGGAGCAAUGGGCCAACCUGGAACAGCUCUCAGCUAUUCGGAAGAAGCGGCUGGAGGAGGCCUCACUUCUACAUCAGUUCCAGGCAGAUGCCGAUGACAUUGAUGCCUGGAUGCUGGACAUCCUCAAGAUAGUCUCCAGCAACGAUGUGGGCCACGACGAGUACUCCACACAGUCUCUGGUGAAAAAACACAAGGAUGUGGCUGAAGAGAUCACCAAUUACAGGCCCACAAUCGACACGCUGCAUGAGCAAGCCAGCGCCCUCCCCCAGGCUCACGCAGAGUCUCCAGAUGUGAGGGGACGGCUGGCGGGCAUUGAAGAGCGCUACAAGGAAGUGGCAGAGCUCACACGGCUGAGGAAACAGGCGCUGCAGGACACCCUGGCCCUGUACAAGAUGUUCAGCGAGGCUGAUGCCUGUGAGCUCUGGAUUGAUGAGAAGGAGCAGUGGCUCAAUAAUAUGCAGAUCCCAGAGAAACUGGAGGACCUAGAAGUCAUCCAGCACAGGUUUGAGAGCCUCGAACCAGAAAUGAACAACCAGGCUUCCCGGGUUGCUGUAGUAAACCAGAUUGCACGUCAGCUGAUGCACAGUGGCCAUCCCAGUGAGAAGGAAAUCAAAGCCCAACAGGACAAACUCAAUACAAGGUGGAGUCAGUUCAGAGAACUGGUUGACAGGAAGAAGGAUGCUCUUCUGUCUGCCCUGAGCAUCCAAAACUAUCAUCUUGAGUGCAAUGAAACCAAAUCUUGGAUUCGAGAAAAAACCAAAGUUAUUGAAUCUACCCAGGACCUAGGCAACGACCUGGCUGGAGUCAUGGCCCUACAGCGGAAGCUGACUGGCAUGGAGCGAGACUUGGUUGCCAUCGAGGCAAAGCUGAGUGACCUGCAGAAGGAGGCAGAGAAGCUGGAGUCUGAGCACCCCGACCAGGCUCAGGCAAUCCUGUCUCGGCUGGCCGAGAUCAGUGACGUGUGGGAGGAGAUGAAGACCACCCUGAAGAACCGAGAGGCCUCCCUGGGAGAAGCCAGCAAGCUGCAGCAGUUCCUACGGGACUUGGAUGACUUCCAGUCGUGGCUCUCCAGGACCCAGACAGCCAUCGCCUCUGAGGACAUGCCCAACACCCUGACCGAGGCAGAGAAGCUUCUCACACAGCAUGAAAAUAUCAAAAAUGAGAUCGACAACUAUGAGGAGGACUACCAGAAGAUGAGGGACAUGGGUGAGAUGGUCACCCAGGGACAGACUGAUGCCCAGUACAUGUUUCUGCGCCAGCGGCUACAGGCCUUGGACACUGGAUGGAAUGAACUCCACAAAAUGUGGGAGAACAGGCAAAAUCUCCUCUUCCAGUCCCACGCCUACCAGCAGUUCCUGAGGGACACAAAGCAAGCCGAAGCCUUUCUUAACAACCAGGAGUAUGUUUUGGCUCAUACUGAAAUGCCCACUACCCUGGAAGGAGCUGAAGCCGCUAUUAAAAAGCAAGAGGACUUCAUGACCACCAUGGAUGCCAACGAGGAGAAGAUCAAUGCUGUUGUGGAGACAGGCCGGAGGUUGGUGAGCGAUGGAAACAUCAAUUCCGAUCGCAUCCAAGAAAAAGUGGACUCCAUUGAUGACAGACACAGGAAGAAUCGUGAGUCAGCCAGUGAACUUCUGAUGAGAUUGAAGGACAACAGGGAUCUUCAGAAGUUCCUGCAAGAUUGUCAAGAGCUUUCUCUCUGGAUCAAUGAAAAGAUGCUUACAGCCCAGGACAUGUCUUACGAUGAAGCCAGAAAUCUGCACAGUAAAUGGUUGAAGCACCAAGCAUUUAUGGCAGAACUUGCAUCUAACAAAGAAUGGCUUGACAAAAUUGAGAAGGAAGGAAUGCAGCUCAUUUCAGAAAAGCCUGAGACGGAAGCUGUGGUGAAGGAGAAACUCACUGGUUUACAUAAAAUGUGGGAAGUCCUUGAAUCCACCACCCAGACCAAGGCCCAGCGGCUCUUUGAUGCAAACAAGGCUGAACUUUUUACCCAGAGCUGCGCAGAUCUGGAUAAAUGGCUCCAUGGCCUGGAGAGUCAGAUUCAGUCUGACGAUUAUGGCAAAGACCUUACUAGCGUCAACAUCCUGCUGAAAAAGCAACAGAUGCUGGAGAACCAGAUGGAAGUACGGAAGAAGGAAAUUGAGGAGCUUCAGAGCCAGGCCCAAGCUCUGAGUCAGGAAGGGAAGAGCACCGAUGAGGUAGACAGCAAGCGCCUCACUGUGCAGACCAAAUUCAUGGAGCUGCUCGAACCCUUGAAUGAAAGGAAGCAUAAUCUGCUGGCCUCCAAAGAGAUCCAUCAGUUCAACAGAGAUGUGGAGGACGAGAUCUUGUGGGUUGGUGAGAGGAUGCCUUUGGCAACUUCCACAGAUCACGGCCACAACCUCCAGACUGUUCAGCUGCUAAUAAAGAAAAACCAGACCCUCCAGAAAGAAAUCCAGGGGCAUCAGCCUCGCAUUGAUGACAUCUUUGAGAGAAGCCAAAAUAUCGUCACUGACAGCAGCAGCCUCAAUGCGGAGGCCAUCAGACAGAGGCUUGCCGACCUGAAGCAGCUGUGGGGCCUCCUCAUCGAGGAGACGGAGAAACGCCACCGACGCCUUGAGGAGGCUCACAAGGCCCAGCAAUACUACUUUGACGCCGCUGAAGCCGAAGCAUGGAUGAGCGAGCAGGAGCUGUACAUGAUGUCUGAGGAGAAGGCCAAGGAUGAGCAGAGUGCUGUCUCCAUGUUGAAGAAACACCAAAUUUUAGAACAAGCCGUGGAGGACUAUGCAGAGACAGUACACCAGCUCUCCAAGACAAGCCGGGCAUUGGUGGCUGACAGCCAUCCUGAAAGUGAGCGCAUUAGCAUGCGGCAGUCCAAAGUAGAUAAGCUAUAUGCUGGCCUGAAGGACCUUGCUGAAGAGAGGAGAGGCAAGCUAGAUGAGAGGCACAGGCUAUUCCAGCUCAACCGGGAGGUGGAUGACCUAGAGCAGUGGAUUGCUGAGAGGGAGGUGGUCGCAGGGUCCCAUGAACUGGGGCAGGACUACGAGCACGUCACCAUGUUGCAAGAACGAUUCCGGGAAUUUGCUCGAGACACAGGGAACAUUGGACAGGAACGUGUGGACACGGUCAAUCACAUGGCAGAUGAUCUCAUCAACUCUGGACACUCGGAUGCUGCCACCAUCGCUGAAUGGAAGGAUGGCCUUAAUGAAGCCUGGGCUGAUCUGCUGGAGCUCAUUGACACGAGAACACAGAUUCUGGCUGCCUCCUAUGAACUGCAUAAGUUUUAUCAUGAUGCCAAGGAAAUCUUUGGGCGUAUCCAGGAUAAACACAAGAAACUCCCUGAGGAGCUUGGGAGAGAUCAGAACACCGUGGAGACCUUACAGCGAAUGCACACCACCUUUGAGCAUGACAUCCAAGCUCUGGGCACUCAGGUGAGGCAGCUGCAGGAGGAUGCAGCUCGCCUCCAGGCAGCCUAUGCGGGUGACAAGGCUGACGACAUCCAGAAGCGUGAGAACGAGGUCCUGGAAGCCUGGAAGUCCCUCCUGGACGCCUGUGAGGGCCGCAGGGUGCGGCUGGUGGACACAGGGGACAAGUUCCGCUUCUUCAGCAUGGUGCGGGACCUCAUGCUUUGGAUGGAGGAUGUCAUCCGGCAGAUAGAAGCCCAGGAGAAGCCAAGGGAUGUGUCAUCUGUUGAACUGUUAAUGAAUAAUCAUCAAGGUAUCAAAGCUGAAAUUGAUGCUCGCAACGACAGUUUCACAACCUGUAUUGAACUUGGGAAAUCCCUGCUGGCUAGGAAGCACUAUGCAUCUGAGGAGAUCAAAGAAAAGUUACUACAGUUGACGGAAAAGAGAAAAGAAAUGAUUGACAAGUGGGAAGACAGAUGGGAAUGGUUAAGACUGAUUUUGGAGGUCCAUCAGUUCUCAAGGGACGCCAGUGUGGCCGAGGCUUGGCUGCUUGGACAGGAGCCCUACCUAUCCAGCCGCGAAAUCGGCCAGAGUGUGGAUGAGGUGGAGAAGCUCAUCAAGCGCCAUGAGGCAUUUGAAAAGUCUGCAGCGACCUGGGACGAGAGGUUCUCCGCCCUGGAAAGGCUAACAACAUUGGAGUUACUGGAAGUGCGCAGACAGCAAGAGGAAGAGGAGAGGAAGAGGCGGCCACCUUCUCCAGAGCCAAGCACAAAGGUUUCUGAGGAGGCUGAGUCCCAGCAGCAAUGGGAUACUUCAAAAGGAGAGCAAGUUUCCCAGAAUGGUUUGCCGGCUGAGCAGGGAUCGCCACGGGUUAGUUACCGCUCUCAAACCUACCAAAACUACAAAAACUUUAAUAGCAGACGGACAGCCAGUGACCAGCCGUGGUCUGGAAUGUGAAGUUCACUACCACACUACCAUUUGUCAAGAAACCACUUUUUCCAGAUCCUGUUGGUUUUGACUUUUUUUUUUUUUUUUUGGCUUCCACUUCACCCAAAGUGUUAAAAAUUUUACUUAAUUCAUAGCCUUUUGUGAUUUCAUAUAUGUUUGCAUUUAAUCCAUGUUUAUUUGAGUCUCCUAACUGAUGGAUUCUCGAUGCCUGAAAGCAGCAUACUUACUUUUUGUUUAUUUAUUGUGAGCUUUUUACUUUAUUAAGAUUUUACAGCAAAAGCCUUACAUGAGUAAUUGAAAUUAAAUGUGAUUACAGCAUUAUGAAGAAGAAAACUAGAAUCUUAACAGGUACGGCCCAUCCAGUUAUACUAACAGGUCACAGUACUGCGCUAUAUAGGUACUGUGCCAUUUACAGAUGCUAUUAACCUGCUAGUUGCUAGGGCAACCAGGAAGCUGGUGCAUAAGGAAGGAGAUGUUGAGUAGCGAGAUUACAACUUAAAGUCAGCUGUGUAACAUUCCAAGAAGGAUGCAUUAUUUCAUUUCAUUGAAGAUGAUAAGGGGAUGGGGGGGAGAACUAAGAUAUUCUCAGGAAACUGUUUAACUUUUCAGUACAGGGUUGUGAUAUUUUGAGAGCCUGGGGUCAUUUAGUUUUACAAACCAAUUUCUCUCUGACCUUUUUUCUGCCAAGUCCCUAGUUGAGAACCAUAGGCUUCCUUGCAGCCCACAUUGCUGCCAGCCUUGGACGUAAAUUGCCCACUGACUGCUGCCACCCCUGUCUUGGUCACUGUCAGCCCUGACCAGACAUGGCAAGUGCCAGCAGCUCACAGAAUUCUGGAAGCCUGCCUUACCAUACUUCCUGACCUCUGUUCAAUGCUUUCGGGGUGUCAAACUGAAUUUCCCAAACAAAUGGAACAAAAGCCAUUCUGGUUCAUCCUGAUUACUUGAACGACACACUGCAGGACCUGUGCCAGGGAGCACUUGCGAGCCUCCUGGCUCCAGAGGUAACUUAGGUGUCUGGGAAUAGAAACUCAGUGGUACAGCUCGAGUGAAUCUGGCUGAUGCAUUCGUUUUCUCAAGACUUUUUGUGGAGCUCUCUAGUGAAGAGUCUUCUAAGAUGGCAUGCUACCAGGCCACCAGCAAGAAUUGAAAAUGUUUUAACAGAAAUCCUUUUCCUUAGGAAUAAAAGCUGAUGAAAGAGGUGAUUUCCUGAUCAAAACAAAACAAAAUCCAUAUUGCAUCAAAGCCUUGUGAGACAUUCAGUUGCUCAUUUGCCAUAUUUAGAUGUGUUAGUGAAGUCAGAAACCUGUUUUGGUAUGUGUUCUCCAUGAGUUAAGUCUGAUUUGUCUUUUCAUUUCAUGAUGCAUGUCUUUUUUUUUUUCUUUUGUCAGGAUAACAUCAUAUAGCAUCUUGUUUGUUUUUCCUUAUCUCUAUGUACAUAUCUAUCUACUUGUGACUGUAGAUGGGUAUAUAGAUAGAUGCCAAGCCUCUUAAUGUUCUGGGGUAGUGUGCUCCAUUAUUGGGUCUCUGCCUUAAAACACAUCCAAAUUUAUCAUGGAGGAAAAAACAAAACAAAAAACCCUUGUUUUGAUCAUUAAGGAGCCCUAAAACACGUGUUUCUGGCCCCAAGUUACAUUUGUGUGUCAUUGAUCUAUACGUAUAUGUUACCAUAUAUGUGUGUAUGUGUAUGUGUUUAAAUUUUGUAUCAUCCAGACCAAUGCUCAAGUUUUAAUGCUUUUUAUAUUCAGAAGACAAAAUAGAACCCCACAUACACACAUAAGAAAAGAGUGCUAUGAUGCUUCUGUAGCCUUUGCUCCAUGUCUAUUUUUAAUCUAGAUUUUUAAAUGGUAGCUUGCCAGAACAAAAUUGUAAUUAACAAUUGGAUUGCAUUAGAAGAAGAAAAGGCCAUUUCAUUCUUUGGAGUGAUGAUGCAGAGACUCAAGUUAAUGAACUUGAAAGUGGUGUUGCUUCAUGCACUUUGAAAAUCAAGCAGGAGUUUCCUGUGCUACUAGUUGUCACAUUGCAUUUCUGUUCACCUCCCGAUUUAAGCAUCUCAGAUGUGGCCAACCACUAAAGCACUGUGGACUAAUGCUGGAGAGGAGCACUGGGGUGGGUGAGGGGGAGUGUGUCCACAUGUACUGCUGUUUGAUCAUAGCAUCAUGAUUUGCUUUUGAUGUUUGUCUCUAGUGGUGUGUUGUCUGUUGGCAUGCUUAAAGCACAUGUCCAUUAAAAUUCAUUUUGUUCCUUUUA